AUGUACAGCAUUUCUGAUAUAGACAAUAAACGAGCUAAUAUACAACCAUCAGCAAGAAAGAGUAUCCACAGUAACUGUGAUAAUUGUCCAUUUUUCCGGAUAGAAGAUAUGGGGAAAUAUGGGCUGGGUAAUGAGAAAAAUCAUAGAGUUUUUGAGAGAUCUCAUCCCAAGCAUAAAUUCUCAUCGCACGAAGAUCAGGGUCAAGAUGUAGUUGACAAUGUUAUGAGCAAGUUGGCCCGUCAUUCAAGCCCAAAGACAACUACAAAGAAAACAAGAAGAAAUUCUGUAGAUGGCUUAUACCAAAAUAAAUACAGUAAUGAAUCUGAUGAUGACGAUGUUCUUUCAAAGUCAACACCUGCAGUCUUUCAGUCACAUUACCGUUACAGAGACGAUUCCGAUGAUAUUCCUGAGAUUAAUUAUUUAGAUGAAGAGAACCUCAAUAGUUCCGAAUCUCUAAUAUAUGCUACGCCACAAAGAACCAGACUAAAUGAAAGUGAUAUAACACAUCAGAAUAUUUCACCUUAUAGUUUCCAAGAUCACACUAAUGUAAACAUCGAAAAUAAGUCUAGCUACAAACAAUUUUUACUUGUGUCUCUCUUAAUAGCAGUUAUUGCAGUCGCUGGUUAUUAUAGUGAUAUUUUAAGUGCAAAUAAUCAAAUUAAUCAUGUUAUUUAUGAUAAAAAUAACUUUGAUAAUGAAAUCACAUAUUUGGGAGGGAAAUACAAAGUAACAGAUGACUCCAUAUUACAGAUUCGAACAGGAAUCUCUACAAUAUUUCAAAGACAAGAUGCAGGAUCUUUUAUAUUCGCAUAUAAUAGUCAAAGCACAAAUUUCAAUCCUAUAUUUCUAAACAAUUUUAUUAAUGAUAUUGCAUUUGCUGCUGCCAAAUAUCUACGUAAUGAAAGUUAUGUCCAAAACUAUGUGGUCGUAGAUAGUUCUAAGAUCGACAUGAAAGUUCAUAGUGAAUUAAUCGAAAAAUAUCGAGAAGAUGUAGCAAAAACUGGUGUGAUGCUUGUUAAGGAUCUCGAUGAAAUCCCUGCGCCACUAGCAAUGGCCUUUCACUAUUAUUGUGACGAAUUCAACCCACUCAUUAAGAGAAGCGCCAUUUUUUUCACGCUCGAUAUGGCAAAAUGCUCAGAUCAAAAGAUAUCUCAUGUGAGCAUCGAAAAGUGUUUGGCAAAGAAAUGGGCAAAUAUUAUUCCCAAAGACAAUAUUGUCCCAUUGUUGACGAGGGUAGUAAGCAUUGUUGUGGAUGUUGCCAGUGUGUUUUAG